GGCGUUCGUACUGCGAGAAUGUGAUUACACUCUGAAUCAUUUACAACGGUGACGGCUGUCAACAAGGCGCACUCACAUUCUAAGUUCAUUUCAGUGCUAUUAAAGAUCCGGUAACUUCAACCGCACAGGUGUGCUUCAAGAAUCAAGAAUGAGAGGGUCGCUGCAUCAAUGAUCAAUGUGCCGUUGCAGCUGGUUGAGUGUUGUGCUUGGAUUACGAUAUGUCGUAAGCGGGAUGUUUUGAGUAUUUUUAUCACAAUAAACGCGCAUUUGUUCGCUUAAUGGUAAUAUCAACAGAGAAGAAAUGGAAAAUCCAAGAAUCAUUAAUGUGCCCCUGACCAAAAUUUUUAUUGAUUUAGUACUACUGGCAGCAGUUGGAUUCCCGAUAUUAUUCUUGUUUCUUUGGGGUGAAGCCUUUCAUCGGGGCUUUUUCUGUAAUGAUGAAACAUUAUUGCACCCUUUUCAUAAGUCAACGGUACCCAGCUUUUAUCUGUACAUCUUCGGGGUUGGAGUUACCAGUGCGGUGAUAAUAACAACAGAAGUCAUUACGAGUUUGAAUAAUAACACAAGAGUUGCACUUGUGGGAAAGCAACUGCCUUACUGGUUAUGGAGAGCUUAUAUUAUGUUGGCAGUCUUUGUGUUUGGUUGUUUUUGUUCACAACUCAUCACAGACGUUCUUAAAUACACAGUAGGUCGUUUAAGGCCCCACUUUUUGACCGUCUGCGUACCCGAUAUCAAUUGCUCUUUGCCUGAGAAUUUGCACAAAUUCCAUACCGACUUUAAAUGUACAAAUCCUUUGUAUAUCAACGACAAAAGGAUUAUGAAGGAACUGAGAUUGUCUUUUCCUUCGGGACAUUCCAGUUUCUCCAUGUUCACAAUGGUAUUUUUUUCGAUAUACUUGCAAUCAAGAUUUUCAUGGGAAGGUUCCCACUUCCUAAAGCAUACGCUUCAAUUCCUUGCAAUCGCAUCAGCAAUUUACACAGGAAUGACCAGAAUAUCUGAUUAUAAACAUCACUGGAGUGAUGUUUUAGCGGGAUUAACGAUGGGAGCUUUAACAGCUAUUUUAAUAACAAGAUACGUCUCGCCCCUUUUUGAUAGGGAAAAAUAUUACAAAACUAACUAUGAUUCCGAACUAAGUCAACUAAACGUAAAUGGGAGUCGUGCACAGCACGUUUAAUUGUGAUACACUUACCUAAGCUACUUUUUAAUCGUAAUAAUUUAUUAUAUAGACAAUAGUUAAAUUUAUAAAAGACCAAAAAAUACACUUGUGUAUUCCAAUUGCUUCAUAUUAAAACACACAAGUAUUAUACUACCCUUGUACUCUUUUAUUAUAAGGUGAAUUUCGCUUGGUUUUGAUUUGACAAUAUCUAGCUGUUAACUAAUUAUGAAGUUGAUUGGAAUACAUGUUUCUAUUUUGACUUUCAUAAGUACAACAUUGAUAGUUACUUAAUAACGAGAUAGGAAGAAAUUUUAUAAAUUAAUAUAUGUUAUUAGUAGUUUAUGUUCUUGAUUUUUAACAUUCCCUUUAGAUUUCAU